AUGUGCCAUCCUGACAUUUAUAAUUUCUUGAAAGAAUUUGGAGUCAUGACAGAAAAAGUUAGAUCUAUGGAAGCCAUACUUAAGGACAGUGAGACCAGGCUUAAGGAAACUACAACCAGGCUGGAAACAAAGGUAAUAUUCAGUGCAGCAGGAGGAAGAGGAGAUAUAUCAAUUGGACCCUUCAACACAGAAACUACAUUAGCCUUCAAAAGAGUGAUUACAAACAUUGGAGAUGCGUAUAAUAAAUACACAGGUGUCUUUACAGCACCCAUUGCAGGUGUUUAUUACUUUACCCUCUUCUAUCAUGCUGAAGGAAGUCAUAUACAACGCCUGUUUCUCCAUAAAAACAGUGAAGUGAUGGUGAUGACAAAUGAUCACGUGACACACAGCGAUGUAGCUGAUAAUGGAGGCAAUGCGGUGUUCCGGCAGCUGCAGCAAGGGCACAAAGUGUACGUGCGCAUGGGUGCAAACUCACACGUCUGGGCAUCCGAAAGCCAAACAACCUUCAGUGGUUUUUUGGUCACUCAAAUGUGA